AUGAAAAGAAUUGUUUUAUCGGCACUUUUAUUGUUGGCCUUUUUGUUAAUUUUAAGAACAGAAAUUGUUCCUAUUUCAAAUGAAAAUUUUAAAUUAAUUGGAAAACAAAAUAAAGAAAUUGGAAAUUCACCAAAAUAUUAUUUAAUAAAAACAAAUCCAAAAUUAAAUAAAAACAAUUUAAAAGAAAAUGAAAAUAAAAGAGUUAAAAGAUCAGGAAGGCCAACCAGAUUAGGCAGAAAUGGUGGGAAAAUAUCUAAUCAUGGAGGAGGACAUUUAAAUAGUGCAGGAGGAAAUAAUCAUUUAUCUUCAAAUGGAAAAAAUUCAAAAUAUCCAAAUUCUGGAUCUUCAAAUGGCCAUUUAAAUAGUGCAGGACAUCCUCAUGGAAUUCCAAGUCAUUCAAAUUCCAAACCUUCGAAUUAUGGGCAAUUUAAUAGUGCAAAUGGACAUUCAAAUGGAGGAGGACAUUCAAACAAUAAAUAUAAUGGAGGGUCUAAUCAUGGGGUAAAUAGUGGAUCUUCAAACUUUGGAAAGUCUAAUAAUGCAGCAAAACAUUCAAAUAGCGCAAGUGGACAUUUAAAUUCACCUUCAGGAAAACAUUCAAAUUAUGGAAAUUCUAAUUCCCAGCAAAAUUCAAAUAGUAAACAUAAUCAUGAUGGGAAUGGGGGAGUUAAAAGAUUUGGAAGGACUGGAGGCGAUACAGAUGGAAUGGCAAAUGGAGGAAGAAAAGGGCGUAAAGAAGAAAAUAGGUAA